GAAAUGCAGUAAAAUGUUUCCUCUAAGUUCACAAAAGAAGUAUUGGAUGUUUAGUGAUGAAAAUGAUCUUACGGCACUGCGUGAGAAGACCAAUGCAGAAUUUAUUGAGAAGCACGGUGCUGACAUGACGCCGGAGCAGAGGGAAGAGUAUUUCCUCUCAGAUGCGGAAGAGCGGACACUUCUUCGUUUCUAUGAGUUGCAAUUGAGAGAUUUUUGUCGGCGUUUUACACCACCUAUGCCCAGAGCCACUGUAGCAACUGCGCUACAUUACUUUAAGCGGUUCUACCUAAGGAACAGCGUCAUGGACUAUCAUCCCAAGGAGAUUUUAGUCACUUGUGUUUAUUUGGCAUGCAAGGUGGAAGAAUUUAAUGUGUCUAUAUCUCAGUUCGUAGCUAAUAUCAAAGGUGACAGAGAAAAGGCAUCAGAUAUUAUACUGAAUAAUGAAUUGCUAUUAAUGCAACAGUUGAAUUAUAAUCUUACUGUACACAAUCCAUUCAGGCCAGUAGAAGGGCUUAUGAUUGAUAUCAAGACACGCUAUACAUCCUUGGAAAAUCCAGAAAAAUUGAGGCCACAUAUCGAUGAGUUUCUAGAGAGGGUUUUUCUGACUGACAGUGUUUUGCUUUAUCCUCCAAGUCAAGUUGCACUUGCUGCAACUUUGCAUGCAGCUUCCAGAGCAGCUGCCAACUUGGAUAAUUAUGUGACUGAUACUCUGUUCUCUAGAGAUCACUUGGCAGGAAUAAUAGAAGCUGUCAGAAAAAUACGUUCCAUGGCCAAAGGUGUGGAGCCUCCAUCUCGGGAAGUUGUACGAGCACUAGAAAAGAAGCUGGAUAAGUGUAGAAAUCAGGAAAACAAUCCUGACAGUGAAAUCUACAAACAAAGAAUGCAGGAAAUGCUGGACGAGGAGGAUCUGCGGGAUAAUGAAAAAUAUGCAAAAAUUAUUCAAGAUCAGGCAGCUCACGAUGAAAAAAUCCUAGGUGUCAGUAAGGUUUUAUCUCCGGCUACUAGUUAUACCCAAGGUAUAUCUAUAUUCGUAACGUGACAGAGAAUUAUGAAGAUGGGUAUGCAAUUGUCACGUGGAUAAUAUGCGGAUAGAGUGUCGCUCGUAAAUAAGGAUGCAGUUAUUUUCGUUGCCGAUCCCAUUGAGAGCCGAAAACUUCUUGUCGCCUCCAUGGAAACGGUUCAGGUGGCACGUCGCUGCGCCACGCGGCAAUAAAUAUCCCAA